UUGGGGGCGUGUACAAAUCUAGCGAUGUAAACAAGAACGCAAAAGACAAGUCUGACAGUGUUGACAGCACCACGGGCAUUUAUAGAGCGUCGCAUCCCGCAUCAAACGCAUUAGUUGACUCUGGCUGACAGCUAUGAACCUCCCCGUCACUGUCAAAGUGAACUUUAGGGGCAACGUGAAGAAAUUUCCAGUCUUGGACACGAACAAAGCACAGUGGGAGACUGUGGAGGCCUGGAUUAAAACUACAUUCGGCCUGAUCCAUUUUCAAGUGAAAUAUUUUGACGAGGACAACGAGGAGGUGUGCAUAAACUGUCAAGAUGAAUAUACAGAAGCUCUAAAGACUGCAUUUAAGCAGGCCAACCAGCUUCACAUGAAUGUCUAUAAGAUGAAGGGUCAGGCAGAGGGUGGUGCAGUGAAGGCAGAGCUGAAAGAACUAAAGAUUGAUCCUAGACCAGCUCCGCCGUAUCGAGCAAGGGUCAAGAUGGCAGACAAGGAGACCCAGGUGACCCCCGAGCGGGACUCGGUUGUGGCCAAAGAAAACAAAGGGAUGAAAACCGAUGAGGAAGCAGUACCAGCGUGGUUUAAAUCCUACAUGGACCGGUUCAAAGACCAAGUGGUAAGGGAGGUGGUGGACAGGAUGUGUAGUGAGUUUUCUGGCCAGUGUUGCACACACAGAGCCUCAGAUCCUCCCGCAGAGGAACCAAGCACCUCUGGCACUCAGAAAGCUACAAGCUCCACCACGCUAAGGGCCUCUAGUUCAACUCCAAAUUGCAGUAGUUGCAAAGGACCAGCCACUGGAGGAGGAUAUCAGUGCAGCGUUUGUCCAUCUUGCAUCUUAUGUGAGCCAUGUAGUCAUAAACACGAUCCCAGCCACAACCUAAAGAGAACAAGGACUCCUUUGUCUGUUCCUGAACGUGGAGUCACUCCAGAACCCAGGUUUCUGAGGCGGGGUGACAGGACGGUGCGUAAGGCGGAGAGACAGCGGCUGAAAGCUGAGCGGAGGCAGCUGAAGGCCGAGGUGAAGGAGAUCAAGAAGAAGCUGAGGCUGGAGAAGAGAGGUCUGCUGUGGAGUGGAGCCUCCAAUGGGACCGGCAGCUCGGGCCUUGCCCCCGCUCCCGCCACAUCUCUAGGCCCAGGACCAGCUCCAGCUCCGGCCCUGUGCCCAGACCCUCAAACAUCCAGUCCAGAGGGUCCCAAGGUCUCCUGCUCCACCUUGGUGCCCACAAUGACUGCCUUGUUUCUGGAUGAGAAUCUACCAGAUGGCACUUGUCUGGAGCCAGGCACCAAGUUCAUCAAGUACUGGAAGAUGAGGAACACUGGCAACAUCAGCUGGACUUCGGAUACCAAGUUGAAGUUUAUGUGGGGCAACCUGACCCUGGGCUCACGGGAGCAAAAAGAAGUCGCAGUGCCCUUUCUGCAGCCAGGUCAGGUUGGUGUAGUGAGCGUGGCAUUUGUGGCACCCCUGCUGGAGGGCACCUACACGUCUCACUGGCGCCUGGCACACUGCGGGGUGCAGUUUGGGCCCAGAGUGUGGUGCAGCAUUAUAGUGGUGGCAAGUGCAGAGCGGAAACCCACCCACUGCAGCAAAUCACUAAGGACCGAUCUUUGUCUUAUGAGGAAAGAUGGCAUGUUCUGGUCAGGCACCAGAGACUGUGAAGUGUCUACCAGCUCUCGGAGAGAAUACUACAUCCCCUCUGUGGACUUAUUGACGGCACAGGAUCUCUUGUCCUUUGAGUUGCUGGAUAUAAACAUUGUGCAAGAAUUGGAGAAAGUCCCAGCCAACACUCCAGCUGAUAUGACCCCCUUCGUAUCUUCACCUCUUCAUCAUGGAGCCUUGUUUGGAAAGCAUGGAACAGGGCUAAGCAAAGUCGAGGCUGGACAUUCAGGCAGGAAAAAAAGUCAAGUGUUGCAGCCUCAGAGACAGAAUGAACUUCUGGAUGUUCCCGGCAAUGAGGAAGGAGAUGAAGACAUCAGUGGGACCCAGUUUGUGUGUGAGACUGUGAUUCGUUCUCUCACUCUUGAGGAGGAACCAGAGCGCAAGCCUCAACGCAGGGCUUGGCCCAACCUGAAGAGGCAUGACGUUCACGACACUGCUAGAUUUCAGGAGAGAUCAUUACUGGUGAAGAAGGACAGACCUUUGACAAUCAUAAACAGCCCCGAGGCUCCAGUCCCUGUGCCAAAGCCAGUUAAAACAGAGGAAACUGUCAUGCCAGUCUUUUCGGAAGCAUUGAUUGGCUCAAAUGAAAACCUCUAUACCGACCCAGCUGCACAGGACGAGAAUGAAGAGGAAGUAGAACAAAAGGGACAUGAAAAUGAUCAAGAAAAAGACGAAGAAGCAGGAGAGUGGGAUGAGGUGAGCAGCCAGGUGUCCUCAGCCUCAUCAGAGGACUACAUUGUCAUCCUGCCUGACUGCUUCGAUACUUCCAGGCCCCUGGGAGAAUCGAUGUAUAGCUCAACAAUGUCCCAGCCUGCAGUCCCUCUUGCCAAAGAGCCAGAGGCACCACAAAUCCUGAGCAAGGCUGAAGGAGAGAACGAGGAGCCCAUCCCUGUUCCAGCUCUUCAAAACAGCCUGAACCGGAUGCUCUGCACCUCUCAGAUACUGGACACUUCUCCUCUAAUUCCAGAGAUGGUACCUUCGCCCAUAGCUCUUUCGCCACCCCCAUCUCUUCGAACCCACAGAUCAGUGAGAUCUCACGAUCUUGAGUCAGGACCAGGGGCCUCUGGAGACAACACCUCAUAUCAACUUGACGAUGACUCAAGUGGUUGCAGAUCAGCUCAUUUAGAGGCCCCUGUUAGUGCCUUUGAGACCUGCGGCUCCCAGGAUCUCAGGGCACAUCAAGGUGGUCUGACAGAGGGCCUGGUGAAGGGAGCGCUCUCUGUGGCUGCCUCUGCUUAUAAAGCACUCUUUACAGGCCAGAACACACCUGCACAGCGGCCUGCUGUUGACCCAGCCUGUGAGGAUGCCUCCAUGAUGGCUGUAUUACAGGAGAUGGGUUUCAGUAACAAGCCGCUCAAUCAAAGGUUGCUGAGGAAGCAUCACUACAAUUUGCUUGAUGUGGUCAACGAGCUGGUGCAGUUGACCGACAGCGAAUGGCACAUCUCUAGACAUUAGGAAGCACAGAGCAACCUCAAUAAAGAAUAAGAAUUGUAAAUGAUUUCAUCAUGUUGCAGCAUUCUGUCAGAACAGGAGUGAGGUAAUGGUGAAAUACUGAAAUGAUCUCUGAUGUUCUUUUGUUAGAGAAAUAGUUUUGACUCUUGAAAAAGAUAACUGUAUCACUAUAACAGACCAUAGCUGCAAUGAUGCAAUUACUUGAUUGUACAAUUUUAGUUUCAUGUUUAUAUAGGACAUUAUGAAUGAGGAAACAACAUAACGUUUAAUAAGCAGUCUUAAUGCUUUCUUUAUUCAGUGUGUGUGUGCCCAACUAACACGUAUAGACUGCUGUUAGCUAGGCUUCAGGUAUAUUUUGUACUGCUUGAUUAGAUAAGAGGAUAAAUUUAAGACAAUGCCCAGAGCACUUUGGAUGGACAGAAAAAGGGUUAGUGCCUCUCAGAGGAAAGAUAGAAAAAGAAAAGCCUGUAUUGAUUUAGUUUUUUUUGUCACAGUGACCUCUAUAUUUGUAUAUCUUAUUUUAAACAACACUAAUUCAUAUGGCACACUAAAGUGUUGGGCUGCCAAACUUAUAGGAAUGUGCAAUGAGUGUUUCAGUCAUGCUUAACACAACCGGUGAUUGAUUGGUCAAAGUUUUUGCUAGGCACCAGUUUUGGUCAUUUUUUAUGUGCAAUGUAUUACUAUGAACUGAAAGCUUAUCAACAUGGCGUUUUGUGUCCAGCAUAGUGAAUAAAAAACAUUCCAUUAUCA